CGGAAAAGCCCCGCCACGGCACCGCCACCGCCGCUCCGCAUUCGUCACUUCCGCCGCCGCUCCGUAGCCGCCACUUCCGCCGCGGUGCCGCCGCCGUCAGGAUGGUCCCGCCGGUGCAGGUCUCGCCGCUCAUCAAGGUCACCCGGUACUCGGCCCUGCUGCUGGGAAUGGUCUACGGCAAGAAGCGAUACGACUACCUAAAGCCCAUUGCUGAGGAGGAGAAAAGAAUAGAGGCUGAAGAGAAAAAGAAACGUGAAGAGCUUGAGCGGAUCGCAAAGCAGCUGGCGGAAGCAAGUGAAGAUUCCAUACUGAAGUGAAAAGAUGAGACCUUCAUUUCACACAUGGAAACACACUGCUAAGCUCUGAACUGUUGGGUGGUUGGGGGAUCCUGCAUGCUAUAAAUAAAGUACUUAAAACAGUUCACGUGA